AUGAAGUCCACAACCAUCCUACUCCCUACGAUGCUGGCACUGCAGGCAAGUGCAGUACCAACACCUAGAAACUUCCAACUACCACGCCUCAAUGCAACGAUAUCAUUUCCAUACAACAACAACACUGCUUUCGAUCCUCUUCCAUCAACAUCGUGCCUCGCCAAACUAGAAAGCACCCUUACCGACCUUACCAGCUCAACUCUAUCAAUCCUCCUCGGUUCUUCAACAACACUACUCGGCUAUGCAUUCUGCGGCCUCACAAUGCCAGUAGAAUCAUGGGAGACAUGUACGGACUUUGCUGUUAUUGGCGGCAGUGUUGUCGGUCUUUCGCAUCUGGCCAUCUGGAAAUUUCCUGAGCUUCUCAAUGACUUGCAUCUUUACGAUUCAACUGCCAGACCUUGGGAGGAAGCCCCUGCUGUUUGGAGCGAGAACGAUGGUCCCGACGACAAAGUUGAGGUCAAACCUCGCCUUGAUCUCUCGAAUGCCAACCUAGGGGCGUGGCCUUGA